AUGCCGAAGUCGAAGAACUCCGAAGAGACAAAGACGCUUCAAAAUCCUCUUAAAAGGAACAAUAAAUCAAAAUCCUUUUCCUCAAACAAAAACUCAGAGUCAUCCAAUAACAUUAACGAGAAAGUAAAAUUUGCGGAUAAAACCAUGCGAGCUUAUAUUAUCCUCGCUGAAUCGCGUGGCUGGAGAAACGUUAAUGGUUCGAUGUUUCCAAUUUCUGUAGAGAAUCUUUGCAAUUAUAUCCGUGCAAAGAAGCCCACCAAUAGCUUGAAAAGUAUUGGAUGGUACCUCCAUGGCUUCAAGAAAUAUCACGAAAACUUGUUCCACAAUCGAGAUUGGGAUGUUGUUUGUAAGCAUCCGGAUGUGUUAAACUUGCUGAAUGAGCAUGAGACAAGGAAAAAUGAGAUGGAGGGUUGUUCGCGAGGUACUAUAAAGGGAUUUUCUGGAAUGCCGAAUGAUAAAGAAAUGAAGUUCUAUACACAACAUGAUGUCGAUGGAGAAGAGAAAAGGAUCAACAGCAAAAGCAAGGAUGUAAUAGAAUUGUUAGACGAUGAAUCUACGGAGUUCGUGUCAUCUACAAAUUGCCUUGAUACUGAACUUGUUCCCACCAACAACACUAGGACCAUUCCACCCGAAGUUCAUCUUGUUAAUCUUCUUAAUAUAGAGAUGGACUCAAUUUUACCUAAGGACUUCGAAUUUUCAGAAGCUUUGCUUGAACAUCUUCUAUCUUCGGAUCAUAUUGGCAGUAGUAAUCAUACUAAUGAAUCAUCGCAAAACGAGGCAAUGAAUUCAGAGAUGGUUGUUACCCAUGUGAUUACACCCAUUACUACUCAAUGUAAUAACUUUAAUAAAGAAGCAAUGUUCCAUGUUCUUGAUUAUCAUCCAUCAUAUGAUGGAAACUUAACGAAUGAAUUCGAAAACUCGGGAUCUAAGCUUAUGGAUGCCGAAAUCUCUUAUGACACGAUAGGAGACGGAGAAGAACGUAAUAAUCAAGAGGGGGAAGAUCCACAGAUUACGAGCAGUCUCAUUCGAAAAAAUUGUAAAAACCGCAUUGAUUUGAACGGAAUUAAAUCUACUACGACUCACAUCGAUAAUGAAGAACCUGAACCUGAAAGUUUCAAAAAUAGAUUUAAAAUGGCCCUCACGGAUUUGAAGACUAAGUAUUCGGGAUAUUGCAGUUAUCACCCCGAAGGAUGUCUGCCGGUAGAUGGCAACAGGCAUUUCGUUCUCACCGAAAGAUUGUUCAAGAGAUGGGCCUCAUUGUGUGCAUCCGGAGAUGACGUCACUUUUGACUCUUUGCCGAACUCCGACGACCUAAUCGAGUUCUCUAUCGAGAAUGCCGUAUUUGUUUGA